AUGAGAAAAAAAAGUGAACAUCCCAGACUGCUAACGCCUCUUAGGAGGAUACCUAAAAAUAGAGGAAUGGUUGUAAGAAACACUAGCGAAAUAAACCCUUUAUCUGAAAAGGAAAUAAAAAAUGUUAUAGAAGUAUAUUCAGGGGCUAAUAAAGCCUACUAUGAAAAUUAUAUAAAAAGUGAAAUCACUAAAAAAAAAAAAAAAAAAAAAAUUUUUAAAAAAAGUAAAAGUAAGAAAUUUGAUUCAUUGAGUCUUAAUCCAUUAAAUUAUAGAAAUAAAGAUUUUGAAGAAAAUAAAACGCUUUUACAUUUACCAGGAUCGAAUGUGACUCCAAACUAUACGAUUCAGAGUCAAACAGUGCAAUAUGCAGUAUCGUCAAUGCCAUAUGAAACACUCCACAAAUCUAAUCCAUUGUCGUGGGGAUGCCAAUAUACCAAUCAUUAUGAACUUCCAACGAUUUGUUCCAUUGUAAAAUCAAAACAUCCGAUAUAUUCACAAGCGAAUAAUGGAAAAACUAAGCGAAAAAUUUCAAAGAAUAACAAUAAAAAAAAAGGUGAAAAGAAGAAAAAAAAUAUUAACUUAUUUGAAAAAACUGAAAUGUAUGCUAAUAAUGCCCAAAUUAAGGAAGCUCCUACUUUCGGAAAUUACAUAGAUGAAUUUUCAGAUUUUAUAAACGAUAAAAAUCAAAAAAAUGAUUUCUUAGAUGAGCAUUGUAGUGAUAUUGAUGCCAUCAAAAAAAAUAGUCAAGAUUCAGAAAGAAGUAAAAAUAUUGUAGACAAGACAUAUAUUUAUUCUGAUUUUUAUCAUGAUUUAAAAAAUUCUGAUCUUAAAAAUAAUAUAAAUAAUUACAAUUUUACACUAAAAGGAAAUGAUGCUAUUGCAGAAAAUAAUACCAGCUCUUCCAAUAUUACAUAUAAGGAUCAAAAUGACACACUUAAUAGUAAUAAAGAAUUAAAUGAUGAAAAUAUUAAGAACCAUAAUAAGCUUAAGAAUUUAUCAUCUAACAAUCUUGUAGAUAAUAAUUUGUCGAACUCUAUACUACCUAAAUUGAACGAUUUAAAUACAUAUAUGGAUAAUCAUAAUGUUGAGAAUAAAUAUUUUAAUUAUACUGUUGCAGAUUGCUCAACUUAUUCUAAUAAUACAUAUGAUAUGGAAAAUUAUAAUGAUAAAAAAGAGGAUAAUGUUGUAAAUUCGCAUAAUAUAGAGAAAUAUGAUCAUAAUUACAACUGUAAUGAAGCCCAAAACAAAAGUUCACCAAAAAAAAUAGGUACAAAAGGAUGCGAAACAAUCACGAAAAAUAAGAAACUUAAUGAUAACCAUGUGUUAAAAAAAAAAUCAAAAGAAACUGUUUUAUCUAGUAUACCUACUCACAAUGAAAUAAAUAAUGAGAGCAAUAACAAAACGAAUAUUUGUGAAUUAAAUAAAAAUAUGAAUGUUAAGAAAAAAAAACAAAAAAAUAGCAAAUUAAAAAAGAGUAAUUUCAUAAAAAAUAAUUUAGAUAAUGAAGAAAAUAUAUCAAAUGAAUGCUCAUAUAACAAAUGUAAGCAAAAUUCUAAAGAACAGUCUUCAAAACCGAAAAAAAAAAAUUCAAAAAUGAAUAAAUUACAAAAUGGCUAUCCACAUAAUACUAAUUUGAAUAAUGAGACAUUUAAUUCUAUGGUAAAAUGCCAAGUAAAUAACAAUUCGAAUAUUCAUCAAAAUGCUAUCUCCAUGGAUCAGAAUUUAGAAUCUAAGAAUACUAUUUAUGAUUUUGCAAAAAAUCAUCAAAAAGAUUUAUGUAAAAUAGAGAACUUUCCUAAUGAGCAUUUUCCCACAAAUAACAAAGUAGACAAUAUUAUGCAUAAAAGCAUUCCAAUAAAUGGCAUAGAAAUAAUAAAUGGGAAUGAAAUUAAUGCAAAUGCGCCACCAACUUGUGUAUAUAUCGUUCAGGACGAGAAUAAUAAAACAAAACUUGAUAUACACAACAUGAAUAAUAAGAUACCUGAUGGAAACGAAAAGAACCCUACAUUAGAUAAUUAUAAUUUAUACAAUCAUGAAUAUAGUAAAAGAAUAUGCCAAACCUCCCCUAUACCAAAAAAUAACCAAAGUUAUAUAUUUAAAGAUUAUAAUACACCGGUAUUGGUAAAUCCCAUUUCGAAUAAACAACCCCAAACAGCUCCAAUACCUUCUGAACUGAACAGAAUCCUCCCUCCAAUAUCUAUAAUACCACUACAAACACAUGCGAUGCAUACAAGCCCACAAAUUACAAGUGAAACUACACAAUUAUCUGUAUCACCUAUUCGACUUCCAAUGACACAAACACUUACGCAUAUUAUACCGCAAGCACUUACUCAUGUAACACCUACUCAAAUUCCAGUGUCACAGACCCUUCCUCCUAUGACGCAGACACAAAUAUCGUUAACACAAGGACAAGCAUACAUGACACCAUCUAGCGCUUCUAAUGGAAAUAACAACUUUAAAAUAAUAAGGGAUUUAUCUUCCCAAAUUUAUGCCAAACCUGCUCCUCUAUCAGCUCCCUUUAUAGAAAAACCUAUUAUUAUAGAUAAUACCUCAUUAAUGUGCGCAUAUCCAAAUACAGAACAUCUUAACAUUGAUAAAACCUCAAACCUGAUUGAUUUAUCAAAAAGGCUACCAGAAUUUAAAAAUAAUAAUACUGAGAAUAGUUCAUAUCUUUUCCAAAAUAAUGGGCAAUAUAAUGUAGAUAAUUGUUUUAUAAAAUCGAUUACUCCAAAUAUUAAUGCAUCUUAUAAUAACAAAAUAGAAAAUAAUAUUUAUGAUUUAAAAAAUAGACAAUAUCCCGAUAACGUAAAUACAAUAUUUAUAAACAAUAAUAAUGAUAUUAUUGAUAAUAAAAAUAUUAAUAAUAAUAAAAACAGUAUAUAUGUAGAUAUGGUUAAAACUGAUGGCAUGGGGAUGAACUUUGUAAAAUUAGAUCAGGUGUCACCAAAACGGAUUAAUGGAUAUAUAAAUGAACAUAAUACAAGUGUAAAAAAUGAGAAUUCAAAUAUGCGUUAUAUAAACAUAUAUCCACAUAGUAAGAGUGAAAAUAUUAGUUGUAAUAUUAUAAAUUCAGAUGAUAAUUUAAAUCGCGGGGUAGGUACUGUUGAUAUUUUUCAACAUAAUAAUUCUCAGCAAACAAUCAAUAAAAAUUGUGCGAAUAAGUUGAGUUUAGGAGAAGUGAUUAAAAAUUCGAAUAAUAAAAUGUUAAAUUUACAAAAUAAAGAAUUAAUGAACAUUUUGAAUGAUAGUAAAAAUGAUAAACCAGACAAUAAUAGAAGCAAUAUAUUAAAUAUUCAAAAUGAAAAAAAUCCUCAAAAUAUUUUAGAAGACACAAGAAAUUCAUUUUCGUGUAUGAGUGUAAAUCCUAAUUAUAUGAACAAUGGAAUUAUAAGGAAUACUGAUCAAUUAAUACAAAACAAUUCAGAUGCAUUAAGCCAUUUAAACUAG